GUGCACCUGGUGCUGCUGCCCACUAAGAAGCAACGUGCCAAGACGGGGGUGCAGAGGGGGCCGUGCCCCAUGUUCACAGAGACCUUCGGCUUCACCCGGGUGGAGCAGGGGGCGCUGGCGGACCACGCCAUCAGGUUCCGUCUCUACAGCGUUAGGAGGAUGAAGAAGGAGAAGGUGCUGGGAGAGAAGGUGUUCUACUUGACCAAACUCAACCUGCAGGGCAAGAUGGCUCUGCCCGUUACACUGGAGCCUGGCACAGCACUAACAGGCUGUGGGUCGUUGGUGAGUGUGUCUCGCAGCGUGGCAGCUUUGUCCUACCGCUCUACAUGGGACUCCACACCAGAGAUCCUGCUGGGGCUCAUCUAUAACUCCACCACUGGCAGGCUCUCUGCAGAGGUCAUCCAGGGCAGACAGUUCAACAACACAGCCUCAGACAAACCUCCUAGUGAGUGGACAUCACAUAUGGAUGACAUCACUUAUUGAUGACAUCACAUAUGGAUGACAUCACAUAUGGAUGGGCUCUCUUCUGUUGUAUCUUUAAUAAUGGUAUGUAGAAGUAGUAGGGUAGCUAUAGUAGUAGGGUAGCUAUAG